UAAGCGGAAGGAAUUGGAACUUACCAUAUUUUUAUUAAUAUUUCUCUCGAGUUUAAUAACCGUGGUAAAAAAAGUGGAUUUUUCCUUGAUUUUCUUUAAUUAUUUGUGAACUUCUAUCACCUGCGCAAAGUAUAUUUUGGUCGCGAUGUGAGAUUGUUUAAUAAAAAAUGAGAAAGAACAUUCCUAGGACUUGCGCGCUUUAUUGAAGCAAUUUUCAAAGAAAAAAAAAGAAAAAAGUUGGAGUCAGAGCUCGAUAAUAUUCAGGAAUCUUAAAUGCAAUAACGCCCAAUACAUAGUCGCCCUUGUAUACGCAAUUCAUCAUUUCGGCGUCAAAUCGGGUUUUUAUGUCGCUCGUGAAUAUAUGUGACGCCGGUUAUGUCGACAAAAGUUUCUUGUUUUGGCAUAAAAGACGCUGCCAAAUGGCUGACUUUUGAUUUCGCCCGUUUCGUUCCUGUAGAAGGUAUUCUGUCAAGUGAUUCCUAGUAGAAAAAAACAGACAAAAUGCCGCGCGUGAAAGCAUCGCCGAAAAAGUGCGUCAAGACCUCGGGCGCUAAUACUCAGGGAGCUAAUACCUGGGUCUUCCUCAUGAAAGGUAAACACACGCAAACUCAUCUUAUGUGCGCUCAACAAGUGAUGCCUCUCGAUCAAAUUAUACGAGAUGAUGAUUAUCCAGAAAGUUCUCGCCUGGCUAAAUGUCACAACUUGAAGCUGUCUUUGGUAGCAGACAGAAAGGGCGACGAGUCGUUGCAAGCUUACAAAUUCAACGAAGAGAAAGCCAUGGAAUGGUUGCAGAAGAAAGUCGACAGGGUAGCCGAGAUUCUUAGACAGAAGAGCAUUCAUGUUUCUCAGGGUGCAGUCAGUGCAAACUUUGUUAAAAGUAGCAAACAUGAGAGUGGAACAGCUGCUGAAUAUCUUAGAUACGCACACGGUAUUGUCUCGGAAUACCUCGCCGAGGAUCUCUCCAAAAAGUUGGCUCAACACCUGAAUUUGCCGGAAGAGGUGGAACAAAAGAAACGCAAGUUGAACAGCCCAAAAGAUACAGCUGAUGAAAAGAGGCACAAGAAGGAACCACAGGAAUCUGAAUCCAUUCCACGAAAUGGAGCACUCGAUUUGACAAAGCCCGAAAAGCCCCUAAAGACUCCACCACCUUCAAAGAAGGACUUGGCGAGGCAGAAGGCAGCAGCGGGUUCGAAAAGUAUUACUAGCUUCUUCAAGAAAAAAUGAGCACGAUAAACAAAAUUGCUGUGAAUGCUCAAGAUUUUUCAGUAUUUUACGCAAAAAAUGAUGCUGCUGUCGAUCUUCUGUGUUCCUAUGAAUGUUGUUAUCUUAAACGUGGAUUUAAGCACCUUUUAAAAGUAAACAAUGCAUAAUCGCUCAAUCACAAGAUUAUAAAGAGGACAAUGGGUGAAAAAUGGUAAUAAAAUGUAACGAAACUAAAUAUCUACGUUAGAACAUUAUCGUCGACUUUUGUGAGGAAAUCUCUUGCUCAAGCUUUCUAUUCGUCUUUUAUUGAAUGACUCGCAAUACGAGAACGAGAUUUUUUUCAACUCAAAUCCAAAAUGUCUACUCUGAUCAAAUUUUAGUUUUUCUCAUCUUCAUCAAAAAUUGAUUGUGUAAUUCCUUUAAAAAUUACUUUGAAACUUAUUGUUUAUUUAUCUUAGAAUCUUUAGUUGUCAUCUUGUCAGAAAGAAUUGUUAAUCACAUAGUCUCGCGAUUCCAGAUAUUGUUUUCUCGAUUUUUAAAAAGCGUUAAGAAAUUUUUAUCUUUUACAGGGUUAAUUUUUACAUUCUUUUGAAUUUUGCUGUUUUUUACUUGUAUCUUGUACAUAGUAUAGGUAUAUGAUUGUAGUUAUUUAUGAUUUUUUUUUACUAAAAAAACUAAUAUUUUCCUCGUUAUAUAACAGUGUACUGCUCACAUUCAAGCCGAGAUGAUUUAUUUAAUUCUGUAUACAGUGUGAGUGUAAAGUAAGAAUACUUAAUGUACAAUGAAAUAUUAAUCAACGUUGUACUCGUAAUGUAAUAUACUUGUGAAAAAUGGAA